GCAGCAAGUGAUGCAGGACAAAAAGCAUACGAUGCUGGUCUUAGAAAAGUUGAAGUGUUUGUUAAAGGACCAGGUGGUGGCAGAGAAUCCGCAAUUAGAGCAGUUUCCAACAUUGGAAUUGAAGUAACUGUAAUUAGAGAUAUUACUCCACUUCCACAUAAUGGUUGCAGACCACCUAAAAAACGUAGAAAAAUGGCAAGAUAUACCGGACCUAGAACUAAAAAAGCAAGAACCUUUGGUGAUGCUAUCUAUGGUUAUGAUAAGGCUUACGAAAAAAGAAAAUAUCCUCCAGGACAACAUGGAAAUGGUAGAAAACGUGGCACGAAAUCUGAAUACGCAAUUCAAUUAAAAGAAAAACAAAAAGCUAAAUAUACUUAUGGUGUGUUAGAAAGACAGUUUUAUAAAACUUUUGCUGAAGCUGCUAGAAAACACGGUGUAACUGGUGAUAACUUACUUAAAUUGUUAGAACAAAGAUUAGAUAACACAGUAUAUCGAUUAGGUUUUGCUCCUACAAGAAGUUCAGCUCGUCAGUUAGUAGCACACAAACACAUCACUGUUAAUGGUAGAAUCUUAAACGUUCCAUCUUACACAGUUAAAGUAGGUGAUGUAAUCAGUAUUAGAGAAAAAUCUAAAAACUUAGACUUAGUUUUAGAUACUUUAAGUCAACCAACUCAUGGUACAAUAACUAGCUUCGAUCCUAUCACUGGUAUCUUUACCUAUGUUCCUAAUGAUGAUUUCUAUGGUCCAGAUUAUUUCACUUAUGUUUUAUGUGAUGAAGGCAAUCCAGUUUAC